CUGACUGGAAGGCUGGAAGCAAACAAAACAACGGUCAUUCUUGCCGCGGUCGGUCGAAUCAGUGAUCUUUGAAGUGCAACUGCCGCCGUUGUUCCGGAUUAUUCGUGUUGGUUCUGGUAGCGGCGUGCUCGGAGUGUUGCUCGGCGAUUUCGCGAGUGUGGAAAAGUGCGAAAAACUUGUGCAAAUUGGUGAAAAACAUUGCGCGGAAAAAGCUGGUGAGCUGAAUUAUUGCAUCCGGCGAGGGAAAAAAAAGUCAGAAAAAUGGGUGACAGCAAAAACAUCAGGGUGGCCGUUAGAGUUCGACCUCUAAACCGACGGGAACUGGAGCAGAAUCAACGGAACAUUAUCAAGGUGCUGGACCACACCACCCUCAUGUUCGAUCCGGACGAAGAUGAGGAUGAGUUCUUCUUCCACGGGAUGAAGCAAACCCACCGGGACAUCACAAAACGGGUCAAAAAGAAACUGACCAUGGAGUACGACGACGUGUUCGACGCCGAGGCCAACAACGAGGCCAUUUUCGAAACGUGCACCAAACCGUUGGUCCAGUCCGUCAUGGACGGGUAUAACUGCUCGGUGUUUGUGUACGGAGCGACCGGAGCGGGUAAGACAUUCACCAUGCUGGGCAGUGAGGAAUGCCGAGGAAUUACGUUUCUGACGAUGAAAGAACUGUUCCGACAGAUUGAUAGCUUGAGCAAUGCGAGGAAAUUCGACAUUGGUAUAUCGUACUUGGAGGUUUAUAAUGAGCUGGUGAUGAAUCUGCUGACAAAAUCUGGGCCCUUGAAGCUGCGAGAGGAUUCCAGUGGCGUUGUGGUCAGUGGAUUGAUUCUAAAACAGAUUCACAACGCUGAAGAGCUUCUGGAUCUGCUGGCUUUGGGCAAUCAAAAUCGAACGCAACAUCCGACUGAUGCGAAUGCCGAGAGCAGUCGAAGUCACGCUAUUUUCCAGGUGCACAUCCGAAUGGUGGACAAAAGCACCGGUCAGAAGCGAACUGUAAAGUUGUCUAUGAUUGAUCUCGCUGGAAGCGAACGGGCGGCCAGCACAAAAGGUAUCGGAAUCCGGUUCAAAGAGGGCGCCAACAUCAACAAAAGCUUACUGGCUUUGGGCAAUUGCAUCAACAAGCUAGCUGACGGCCUGAAACACAUCCCGUACCGAGACUCGAAUCUAACUCGAAUCCUCAAGGACAGCCUGGGCGGGAAUUGUCAAACGUUGAUGAUCGCAAACAUUUCCCCUUCCUCACUGACGUACGAUGAUACCUACAACACUCUGAAAUAUGCUUCCCGAGCGAAGAAGAUCCGCACCUCACUCAAGCAAAACAUUGUUCCGACCAACGUGCCGAAGGAGUUCCUCGUCAAGAAGGUCAACGAGCAAGCGGCGGAGAUCGAGCGAUUGAAGGCCAGGUUGAAAGACAUGGAAGAACAGAAAUCGGCUGCCGUCGCAGCUGCCAAAUCAGCACCAGCCGGAUUCACGAUGCCCAGCGAGGCCCUCCUCAAUACGUGGCGCUCGAGGAUCGACCAGUGCUAUGCUACGGUGAGGAAAGCUCAGGAGCAUUACUUUAAUCUGCAGAGCAAGGAGAAGAUCCUGAACCUCCGAUCGAAGCUGAAGGCACAGGUGGAAAGCAUCAAGAAAAUUGUCACACUGGAUGGAAAGCACCUGAAUGCGGAUAUUGCUCGCUUGGAAGCUUCUAUAGAUCGCUACAACAAGCAAGUAACGCGUCAGAAGGAUGAAAUGAAUCGGUGGGCCAAACGCUACAAAGAUGCGAUGAAAAGCCUGGAAGCUCUUCGUGAAGAAAUUCGCGCCUCAGAUCUUGCCACUUUGCUCGGAUUCUACGUGCGAGCAAAGGACUACGAAAUAGAUGCAAACAAGUCAAAUUACAAGAAAAACCAUGUGAUGAAAAUCAACAUGAUCUACACGGAUGAGAAUAAACAGUUGGAGAAAAUCAUGGCACUGAGUGCAGAAAUCGUUCAACAAGACUAUUUGUUGCUAAGAAGCAUGGGCAGGUUGGAUAACGUGACACUGGAAAAGAUGGAACAAAUGGCUCGACUAGACAUUUACACACGUGGCGUGAGGUUCACCGACGAUGACGAUCACAACGAACUGAUGAAGGAAGUCAACAUCACCGAUACGAGUUUCGAUGAAAUUACAAACCUUUCGGAUUGUGCUGAUUUUCCCGCGCCGUCGGAUGUGGAAGCAGAUUGUGGCGUGAAACGGCUAAAUGACGAAGAUGAAUCCGAGUCUGAGAACGAACGCAAAAAGGCCAAAGAAGACCACAAUAAACAGUUGGAGUUCAAACGACCGAAAGCGCUGAGGCCGUUGAAUCUUCAGCCGAAAAGUUUGAGCGUGAAGUCUACCGUCAGUAGGAAAACGCCAACUAAAACACAAAAAACGACCACAAUUACACAGUUCAAAGUUCCUAAGCUGAUUGUGAGCAAUCCGCCAAAACCGUCCAGUGCAAAGAAGAGGCAAAAGGUGGCCAAUUCAUCCACGUCCUCCAAUGACACUAGCGACACUUCAGACGGUCCGGAUGAGAAUGGCGGAAUUGGCAACAGCACUUUCUGCAUCGAAGGCGACAAAGACGCAACCAGUUCGUUGUUUUCCAAUGUACUGGUUGGAAGCAAUGUAGAUCCGCAUGUACUGAAAAAAGUGCUCCGUCGCGCUUCGAUGAAAGGCAAUGUCAUUUCCAAGGUGACGUUAACUCUGAACAAGGAGAAUCGGAAAUUCAGUCCCAAAAGGGUCGGUAAAAGUCCACGGCCUUUGCUACGUACCAACAGUAGUCGACCCCAUACCUCAGCAGCAAGCGUGAUCAAUCGGUACAGGAUGAUGAAAGCUGGUUCGGCGGCAGGAGCUUCGUCAUCAUCGGCGGUGCCUGGAAAUUCUGGCGAUGGCAAGUCAAAUACCUACGACAGUGACAGCGAUCGAAAAAUCCGAAACAUCAGGAAGUAAAAGACAAUUUUGUAUUCUAAUAUUUUGUAUUGAUGUUUGUAUCGAAGCUUUGUAAAUGUACUUUUGUGAAUUUUCAAGGUUUUAUGUGGUUUGUUAUAAUUUGAUACCUUUUUUUUAUUUGAUGGAAAUGUUGAACAUGUCUAUCUGCUUAGGCUAGGUGUUUUCUGAAAGAGUUACAAUAUUGGAUGGAAUUGUCUUUUUGAAAACUCUUGUAACUAAAGACACACUAAGAACUGCUUUAAAUAAAUAUGACUAAUAGCUGUUUGCAUAUUUCGAUUAAUCCAUACUACAGAACUAAUUAUUCUACACCACAACAAUAAGUUAAUGCCUUUACCACAUAUAAAAGAUAGAACAAUUUAUUUAUAGUGUUUUGUCAUGUAAAUAAACAUAAUAAUUGACUUAUUCGCUC